UUUGUUAUUCUGCAGGACUUACGUGAUAUUUUCGAAAAUAUGCCCAAUGGUGCCAACAACCGUCCCUCAAUGCGUCCUCGUGGCCGCGCUAUUGAGCAGCAAAGGUUGCCUGCUUGGCAACCUAUUCUCACGGCAGGGACAGUUCUCCCAACAUUCUUCGUGAUUGGGAUCGCUUUCAUCCCCGUUGGAGUCGGGCUGUUGUACUUCUCGAACGGUGUUCAGCAUUUUGAAUUGGACUACACUUAUUGCAAGACAUCGGAUGGUAAAACGUGUGCUGACAAGAUCGCCGAAGCCCCAGGUUCGUCUUGUGAAUGCAAGAUUCAGUUCAACAUAACUGACAGUUGGAAAGGAAAGGUCUACGUUUACUACGGCCUAACGAACUUCUACCAAAACCACAGAAGGUAUGUGAAGUCGCGCGAUGAUUUCCAGCUUCUUGGUGAUGUGAAGAAGACUCCGGACCAAGAAUGUCGUCCAUUUGCUUUCCAAAGCUUGAAUGCUACGUAUAAGGAGCCUAUUGUCCCAUGCGGUGCGAUAGCAAACAGCAUGUUCAAUGAUACGUUUCAGAUCACCUUUAGUAAUUCCGGAAAAGAAGUUAAAUUACUCAAAACCGGUCUGGCUUGGGAAUCCGACAAGCGAAUCAAGUUUGCCAAUCCGUCGGGCUUCGAUCCCGCGAAUGCCUCCGGGGUGUUCCUUAAGACACAAAAGCCGAUUAAUUGGCAGAAACCGAUCUAUAACCUCGGUCUGAACGAACCCGGAAACCAAGGUUUGGUGAAUGAAGACUUCAUAGUGUGGAUGAGAAACGCAGCUUUCCCGAAUUUCCGCAAAUUGUACGCAAUCGUGAGUGACGACCAGGAGUUUUUUCGCUACGGUUUCGCUGCUGGAAACUACGAAUUAACGGUGUCUUACACGUUCCCGGUAACUAAAUUCGACGGCACAAAACGGUUAAUGCUUUCUACGACGUCUUUGUUGGGCGGAAAGAAUCCUUUCCUUGGUAUCGCUUACAUAGUCGUAGGUUGCCUUUUUCUUGUGACAGGUAUCGUUUUUAUCUUUGUGCACAUCAAGUACGGGAAGACUACUCAGGAAAUGAUCAGUGUUACUCCGCAGACCCCGUAUUAAUUCGUGUUGCCUCAAUCAGGAAAAGAUCUCAUUUCGUUCAGUUGGUGGUUUAAGGCCUCUAGUCGUUGUUGCGCGAGAUCGGAGAGAAACUUGUUCCUUCUCGCUUUGUGAAGAAUGCCUGCGAAUGGGCGGUGAUUUUUGUUCCCCAAGUGACAGAAGUAAACCUAUCCUGCGGAGAAUGCCCUGACCUCGCGAAAUUUAAUGGUUUCGCAAACGCUUGGGAGUAAAUAUCGAGGUGUUUUCACCAUGGGUUGGGCGGUUUCACGGGGGACAUUUCCGUGUAGUGUAAUUGAAAUAGAAAGGCGUUCUGCUAAAAUACGCAAGGAUUUUGAUGUCUGUCAUGUUACAGUCUCUGAAGCAGUAAGUCAUGCAUUUUUUUUGCUGAAUGAUUUUCAGUAAUUUUCAAGGUAUAUAGGAUUCGUCAAAACCGAGAAAAAUUAUCUCAGUCUCUUACUAUUGAGCUGUGUUGCAUCGUGAAAUGAACUGGGUUACCGGAAAGAUGUUCCCUAUACUGUACUGUAAAUCAUAAUUAUCAAAGUAGAGCUUUUAAUGUUUUCCGGCUGAAUGAGCUGAAUUACUUGUCGAAUUACAGAGAUCACUAAAAUGAUCAAAUUGAUUUUUUUUUAAUUGUAACGAACAUUCGUCGACCUUCGCGGUGCCUCGGUGGUAAACCACGAUGAAGGUCUUCUGAGAAUUUACUGAGGCCUAGUGGCUGAUCAAAUACCGCCUUCUUGCCGAAAAAAAAGUGUGAACGUUUUUUUCUGAAAAAAAAACCUUUCUGUGGAACCAAGACGAGAAUCUUCUAGAUUUGACGAGAUCUCGAUAUUUUUCCGGUGCUCACGAAACCAUUAAACUUUUGGGUAAUGGGAGUGCUUCUCUGCGACGACGGGUUUUUUAUGUUACUAGGUCUGUCUGUCUGUUUUUUUUUUUUUGCCUCCAAAAAGAUUUUCCGAGUUAUUUUGUUCCUGGGGCAUUCGAUCGAUUGGGUACGAAAUCAUACUAUUGCUUGAGCCAAUUUUUCAUCGUGAUUUUCAUUUGUGCCUCCUGUUAGCUUUUGCCGACUGCCCAGUUUGAUCGCCGAGUAAGGGGAAGCAAAUGAGAGAAAUGUGUGGAAUACGCGGUGCAUUUUGUUUUGAUGAAUGUUUCAGAAGGUCCGCGCCUGAGAUGAGGUAUAAGAAAUGCACGAUUCAGUAAAGUACAGUGCCCACAAA